AUGGCGGUGCAUCAAUCAGUGAAUAUUGAUGAUGAUUUAACAACAGGUACUGAUAACAGAGAUCACAAAGAGACUUAUAUUGAAGCUUAUACGAAAAGCAUUCAAGUGGUAGAGAGUAUGCUAAAACUUGAUAGACUUCGUCAAGAAGUUGCUAUUAACAAUAUGCUUAGCAGACAAGAACGUUUGAAUCGAAUGAGUUAUUUUGGUAAUGCAAUACCAAAUUAUCGAAUGAAACGGACAGCAAGUUUGCCUAAUACUGCUGCAAAGACGCCGCUAUUAUCGAUAAGCGGAAGUAGUGGCAUCGGAAAUGUAGCACAACAUCAGCAAAAGGAGUUAAUCGAUACUAUUUGUGAUGUUAGAAUGAAUGAGAGUCAAAAUUCAACAGCAGAUUUAUCUAUUUCUUUUUCAUCUUCUUCAAUGGUGACUGGUUUAAUCAGUCCAGUUAUGGAAAAUUCAAAAUUAUCAGGAAUUGAUGAGGAACAACAACAAUGUCUUAUGAAUAUGAGUAAAUCUUCAACGAUACCGGAAACAAUGCAUACUUCACUUACAAGCGCUUAUGAUCUGCGAACAAAUAGAUAUGGUUUUCAACGUCACUUACACGAGAUGAGUCGUUUACAAGCAGAAAGCAUUGAUGGUAACGGUAAUACACCAUUGUUAUCAAUAACAACAAUCGGAGAGCAACAGGUUGCCAAGUUCUUUGUUGACAGUUUACCAAGCAUUGAACUUCAUUCAUUAUCAACCUUUGGUAUGGCUUAUUCGUCAGCUUCGGAUAGUGGUUGUAUGAUCGAAAGUGGUAGUACUUCAACAGCUACUGCUGAUGACGAUGAUGAACAAACGGUGCUUAGAAAUUUGGAUAAUACUAGCAGUAUCCUCAACAAUAACAACAACAAUAAUAACAGCAACAACAACAACGACAGUUAUAGUAAUGCAGUAAAUAAAACUUUAUUCGAUUAUGCAAGAACUGAAAAAUUUUUUUUUAAAUGA